UAUAUUAAUGUAUCAAUUUUGGUAUAAGAAGAUUUAUAAUAAAAAUGGAAGUACUUAAUAAAUUACGAAAUACUGUUAGUAAUACAUUGAGUAACACAGUUAGUAGUACAGCUCAUGGUCUUUCUCAAUUAUCUAGUGUUUUACCUGGAAAUCCAGUUGCAAGAGAAUUUGAAGUAUCUUCUUUCAUAUGCAGUGCUGGACCUGGUUUAUUAUGGAAAGUUUAUAGUGGUUUCAAAAAAUCAACAAAGCAAAAAGCUGCAAUAUUUGUAUUUGAAAAGCGUUUAUUAGAUCAGUGGCCGGAGAAAUCAAUCAGAGAUAAUGUUGUUGAAAUUCUUAAAAAAGGUGUCAUACAACUAACUAAACUUAAACAUCCACAAAUAUUAACUGUGCAGCAUCCAUUAGAAGAAUCUAGAGACAGUUUAUCAUUUGCUACUGAGCCAGUAUUUGCAAGUUUAGCUAAUCUUUUAGGAUGUAUAGAUAAUUUACCAUAUUCAUCUCAAGCUAUAUUAAAAGACUAUAAAAUAUUAGAUCUUGAGAUGAAAUUUGGUCUAUUUCAAUUAGGCGAAAGUUUAACUUUUUUACAUAAUGAUGUGAAAAUGUUACAUAGAAAUCUAUGUCCAGAAUCAAUUAUUAUUAAUGACCAUGGGGAUUGGAAAAUUUUUGGAUUUGAUUUCUGUGCUAUUAAUCAAGCUUCAGAAGAUAAACCAAGUUGGCUAUAUAUAGAUCAUAAUUCCAUUCCAAGUAUUAUCAAAACUUCUAUGCAUUAUCAAGCUCCAGAAUGUGUUAAAGCAACUGCAAUAGGUCCAACAAGUGAUAUAUUUUCUCUUGGCGUUUUAAUUUGUUUUCUUUAUAUGUCAUAUAAUACUUCAUGGAAUUUACAAAAAGAUAUAUCAAAUUAUACACAUUACCUAAAAGAAUUGAAUGUUGAUUUGCCAAAUUCAUUGAAAGAAACAGUGAAACUAAUGCUUCAUAGAGAUCCAGAAUUAAGACCUGAUGCAUAUCAAUUUAUAAAGAUUGAAUAUUUUAAAGAUAUAGAAGUAAAAACAUUAAUUUAUUUGGAUAAACUAUUUCAAUGGGAUAAUCUUCAAAAAUCUCAAUUUUAUAAAAGACUUCCACAAAUUCUAAAACAAUUUCCACGUCGUGUUAUAUUUCAAAAAGUUCUUCCAGCUCUACAAAAAGAAUUUAUUAAUACACGUAUGAUUCCAUUUCUUCUCCCAAGUAUUCUUCAAGUUACAGAAGAUUGUACUAUGGAUGAAUUUAAUAAGCAUAUUUUUCCAAUGCUAAAGCAAAUACUUGUAAUCGAAGAACCACCACAGAUUAGUUUACUUCUGCUUCAAAAAAUAGAAUUAUUAUUAAAGUGGUGUCUACCAGAUAUAGUAAAAAAUUACAUAGUACCAAUGAUGACUCGAGCUUUGGAUUCAAAUUUGGAACUGCUUCAAGAACAUUGUUUAAUUGCAUUACCAUCUAUUAUAAUGUCUACAGAUAGUUCUUGUAUAAAAAAUUCGAUUAUUCCUAGAAUUAAAAAAAUAUGUUUACAUAAAAAAAGUGAAAAUUACAGUUUAGGUAUAAGAGUUAAUUCUUUAUUGUGUCUUUCAAAAAUUUUAGAAAAUCUUGAUCCGUGGAUUGUGCAAGAAGAAAUCUUACCAUUCCUGCAACAAGUACCUUGCGCUGGUGAGCCAGCUAUUUUAAUGGCAAUGAUAGGUAUUUUCAAACUAAUUCUUACAAAUAGUAAAUUAGGUAUAAGUAAAGAAAAUUUAGCAACAAAUAUAUUACCAUUUUUAUUACCACUUUGCAUAGAACAAAGUUUUAGUCCAAAACAAUAUGAAUUAUUAGUUUCUUUAGUAAAUGAGAUGGUUACCCAAGUAACCAUUGAACAUAGGAAAGUUUUACACCAACUACAAAAAACAAAACAAUUUCAUGGAAACAUAUCAUCAUCCAUGAAUCAACUUGAAGAUACAGUUAUAUCAUCAACAAAUUCGUUUGAAAUAUUUGAAUCUAAUUCAUUCACGACAUCUAUUAAAAAUAAACCGCAAAGCUCUCAAUCUCAAUCUCUCAGCUUAGCCGAAAAACAUAGAUUAGCAAAACAACAAGAAAUUUGUCAAAGGAUGGAAAAUCAGACACCAUUAAUACCAAGUAUAACUUCACCGACAACUACGAAAAAGACACCGAAAGAUUUAACAGAUACAUUGUCAGCAAAUAAUUUUAAUGAACUGAAUUGGUCAUAUAAUAAUAUGAACUUAUCGAGUAUCACACCAAAUUUGUCUAUAAAUAAUUUUCCGAGUAAUGGUGCAUCCCAGGUACACCAAAAUCAAAUGUCCCAACGGCAACAAUUGCCGUUCACAUUAAACUGCAACCAAACAAUGCCUCAGACAUUUAAUACGUUUACAAAUACCAUACAAUUAAGAGACCCAAAUACGGGAUGGUGGUCACCUACGAUGAUGACAGCGAACUCAAGUUUGCAGGUACAAAAUACACCGAAAUUAUCUUCCGAAGAAAUAAUGGAUUUAUUAAAAUAAGCACUGUUUUAAAUUACUUACUAAUUUUAUUUGUUGUUGAUUGUACGAGUAUGUAACGUUUAAAAAA